AAUUCUGCAAGUGGUUCUGAUUUACUAUUGCUGUUCUCUAGCUGGUCUAAAACUGCUUUUGAUAUAAAGGGACGCUUUUUGGACCCCAUGGACGUUUCUCAGUUUCAAGGCAGAAAGAACAGUAAAAAUGCAGGCAGGGCACAGGACAAAGCACUCGGGACAAAAUGUAUGUGAGAUGCUUUGAAACAUGUAUUUCGUCAAUGUCACUUUUUAAAAUUUUUAAAUUUCCCACCGGUUCCGGCCACUGUACGUCCUGACACUCGCAGGGACUGGAACCAGGAAGACGGAUGCCAGCAUCAGCUGGAGGAGAUGGCCGGGGACGCUGCAGGGGGACAU